AGUGGUGCUUGCGGUUUGAAAUUGGUUUCCACUCAGCAGCAGUCACUUUUACCUCUCCUAAUGGAAGACAAGAAAAUACCUGAAUGCAUCAGUAUAAAAUAUAAGUGAUGUGGGGGGGAAAAACAAAACAGCUGUAGAUUGAAUAUCAUGGAACUUGAUAACCAUGCUAAAUGUGAUGAUUAUUAGAAACUGCAUCUGUAAGAGACAAAACCAGCAUGUCAGAGUCUGAAUCCUGCUGUUUGAUGUCAUGCUAGAGUUUUAACUGCUUUCUCCCUUUGUGCUAACUUUGCAAGUGAAAAGUCUCAGGAGGACUACAAGGAAACCAAAAAGAAACUUGAUAUUUAAAAGGCAGCAAACUGGAAAAAUACCACUUGGGGUUGGAUCGGCACUUCAUAAGAUGAACGUCACACGCCACCAUGACAUGUACCAGCCUCUGCGCUUCUGGAACCACAGCUAUGGAUUGCAUGGUGGUGCCAAUGAGUCAAGUGGAAAAGGUUACUCCUCUGGAGGGUGCUAUGAACAACUUUUUGUGGCCCCAGAAGUGUUUGUGACUCUGGGCAUCAUAAGUUUAUUGGAGAACAUUUUGGUCAUUGUGGCAAUAGCCAAGAACAAGAAUCUGCAUUCACCUAUGUACUUUUUCAUCUGUAGUUUGGCAGUGGCUGACAUGCUAGUGAGUCUGUCAAAUGGAUCAGAAACUAUUGUAAUCACCCUGUUAAACAAUACAGACACUGAUGCACAAAGUUUCACCGUAAACAUUGACAAUGUCAUUGACUCGGUCAUUUGCAGUUCCUUACUUGCAUCCAUUUGCAGCCUGCUUUCAAUAGCUGUGGACAGGUAUUUUACCAUCUUUUAUGCUCUCCAGUAUCAUAACAUUAUGACAGUGAAGCGUGUAGGGAUCAUCAUAACAUGCAUCUGGGCUGCUUGCACGGUUUCAGGCAUUUUGUUUAUUAUUUACUCAGACAGCAGCAUUGUCAUCAUCUGUCUUAUCAGCAUGUUCUUCACCAUGCUAGUUCUCAUGGCCUCCCUCUAUGUCCACAUGUUCAUGCUGGCCCGACUGCAUAUCAAAAAGAUUGCAGUUCUUCCAGGGGCUGGCACAAUUCGUCAAGGUGCCAACAUGAAGGGAGCCAUCACUUUGACCAUCUUGAUAGGGGUUUUUGUGGUGUGUUGGGCCCCAUUUUUCCUCCACUUGAUUUUCUACAUCUCCUGCCCCCACAACCCAUAUUGUGUGUGUUUCAUGUCCCACUUUAACUUGUACCUUAUUCUCAUCAUGUGCAAUUCCAUCAUUGAUCCCCUUAUCUACGCAUUCCGGAGUCAAGAGCUCAGGAAAACCUUCAAGGAGAUCAUUUGCUGCUAUUGCCUGCGAGGGUUCUGUGACUUGUCUGACAAAUACUAAAUGGAAACAGAGAAGCUACUGUGCAUACACACCACAGACCUCUAAACCUUCUAGUACUUUUCUCAACAGAACCUGGGCUAUGUCUUUAAUAAUGAAUCCCUCUCUCCUGCAGUUAUAAGUCUCAUUCAUGUAUAAUUUAUACCUCUGUGUAGUACUUGUGCAAGCUACAGCUGUGAUUAUUUAACUUU